AAUCAUUUAUAUACCCACCGCUUUCUCUCUCUCUCCGCAACCUUCGUGCUCUUCGUCUGCCUUUGCGCACUUCCUUUUCCGCCAUUAAAGUCCUACACUCAUUUUCUCUCUCCUCUAAACCCCUAGAGCCUUUGUAGCUCUAGGGUUUAGAUUUUUUCCGAUAAUUUUCUCAAUUUUUAUUUUUUUUAUUUUUUUAUUUUAUCAAUUUUUUUCCGGAUUGAGUUCAGCUUGGUGGUACUGUACUAUUGCAUUUCCGAUUUUUCGAUCAUUUUUUUUUGGUAGGGGUUUUUGAGGAUUGAAUUAUGGAUCUUCCGAGCCUGGCUCUGAUUCUUCGUGCUGCUCUUAGUCCUAAUCCCGAUGAACGCAAAGCUGCUGAAGAUAGCCUUAAUCAGAUUCAAUUUACGCCCCAGCAUACGGUCCGGCUAUUACAGAUUAUAGUCGAUGGGAAUUGCGAUAUGGCAGUGAGGCAGGUUGCCAGUAUUCAUUUCAAGAACUUUAUUGCUAAAAAUUGGUCGCCUCAUGACCCUGAGGAGCAUUCGAAGAUCUCACCAGCUGAUAAAGCCUUAGUGAGGGAGAAUAUCCUUGUGUUUGUGGUUCAAGUUCCACCUCUUUUAAGAGUGCAAUUGGGUGAGUGCCUCAAAACAAUUAUUCAUGCUGAUUACCCCGAGCAAUGGCCUGGCCUUCUUCAUUGGGUGAAGCAUAAUUUGCAAGAUCAACAGAUCUAUGGUGCUCUGUUUGUUUUGCGGAUUCUUGCUAGAAAAUAUGAGUUCAAGUCAGAUGAUGAGAGGACACCUGUGCAUCAAAUUGUCGAGGAGACGUUUCCUCCUUUGCUCAAUAUAUUCAACAAGCUUGUCCAGAUUCCCAAUCCUUCAAUUGAUGUGGCAGAACUCAUAAAGCUUAUAUGUAAAAUAUUUUGGUCAUCUAUCUAUUUGGAGAUACCCAAACAGCUUUUUGAACCCAGUUUGUUCAAUGCUUGGAUGCUCCUUUUCUUAAACAUUUUAGAGCGGCCUGUUCCAAUAGAAGGCCAGCCUGCUGAUCCUGAUCAAAGAAAAUCCUGGGGUUGGUGGAAGGUAAAAAAAUGGACAGUUCACAUCUUGAAUCGGCUGUACACAAGAUUCGGAGAUAUGAGACUCCAAAACCCUGAGAACAAGGCUUUCGCCUUGAUGUUUCAGAAGAAUUAUGCAGGGAAGAUUUUGGAGUGCCAUUUGAAUCUGUUAAACGUGAUCCGUGCUGGUGGCUACUUACCUGACAGAGUUAUCAAUCUUGUUCUCCAAUAUCUAAGCAACAGUGUCUCAAAGUCCAGUAUGUAUCAACUGUUGCAACCACGACUCGAUGUUCUCCUUUUUGAAAUAAUUUUCCCCCUGAUGUGCUUUAACGACAACGAUCAAAGGCUUUGGGAUGAGGACCCUCAUGAGUAUGUAAGAAAAGGCUAUGAUAUUAUAGAGGAUCUAUAUAGUCCAAGGACUGCAGCGAUGGACUUUGUCAGCGAGUUGGUCAGAAAACGUGGAAAAGAAAACCUGCAGAAGUUCAUUCAGUUUGUUGUUGAGAUUCUAAAGAGGUAUGAUGACUACCCAUUGGAACACAAACCCUAUCGGCAGAAAGAUGGUGCUCUUCUUGCUAUUGGUGCUCUUUGUGAUAAGUUAAAACAAACUGCACCAUACAAAUCUGAGUUGGAGCGCAUGUUAGUGCAAUACGUAUUUUCUGAGUUUAAUAGCCCUGCUGGUCACCUAAGAGCCAAGGCGGCAUGGGUUGCUGGCCAAUAUGCGCACAUUAACUUCUCUGACCAGAACAAUUUCCGAAAAGCACUUCACAGUGUGGUGGCUGGGCUGCGUGAUCCAGAGCUUCCUGUUCGUGUUGAUUCAGUCUUUGCACUGCGUUCUUUUGUUGAAGCUUGCAAAGAUUUGGGAGAGAUACGACCCAUUCUUCCACAACUACUUGAUGAAUUUUUCAAACUGAUGAAUGAGGUUGAAAACGAAGACCUUGUAUUCACCCUGGAGACUAUUGUUGACAAGUUUGGGGAAGAGAUGGCACCCUAUGCUUUUGGAUUAUGCCAGAAUUUGGCUGCUGCAUUCUGGAAGUGUAUGAGUACUGCUGAAGCUGAUGAAGAGGGUGAUGAUCCAGGUGGUGCAUUGGCGGCUGUUGGUUGUUUACGAGCUAUUAGCACAAUUCUUGAAUCCGUCAGCAGGCUUCCUCAUCUCUUUUCCCAAAUUGAGCCUACCCUUCUGCCUAUAAUGCGGAGGAUGUUGACUACUGAUGGCCAAGAGGUCUUCGAAGAAGUUUUGGAGAUUGUGUCCUAUAUGACAUUCUUUUCUCCUACAAUUUCUCUGGAUAUGUGGAGUCUUUGGCCUUUGAUGAUGGAGGCACUGUCAGAUUGGGCUAUUGAUUUUUUUCCAAACAUCUUGGUACCACUGGACAAUUAUAUUUCCCGCAGCACUGCUCAUUUUCUAACUUGCAAAGAUCCAGACUACCAACAAAGUCUAUGGAAAAUGAUUUCCUGUAUAAUGGCUGAUAACAAUCUUGAAGAUGGCGAUAUUGAGCCUGCGCCAAAGCUCAUUGAAGUCGUAUUCCAAAAUUGCAAGGGCCAAGUUGACCAAUGGAUCGAGCCUUACUUAAGGAUCACUGUUGAGCGACUGCGUAGAGCUGAGAAACCAUAUUUCAAAUGCCUUCUGAUGCAAGUGAUUGCUAAUGCCCUUUAUUACAAUCCAAGUUUAGCAUUGAGUGUGUUGCAUCAGUUAGGUGUCUCCGCAGAGAUAUUCACUCUUUGGUUCCAAAUGAUACAGCAAGUGAAAAGAAGCGGUGUGCGUACUAACUUUAAAAGGGAGCAUGAUAAGAAAGUGUGCUGUCUGGGAUUGACGUCGCUGUUGUCACUUCCUGCUGACCAACUACCAGUGGAAGCCCUAGGACGUGUUUUCAGGGUUACACUUGAGCUGCUUGCUGCGUACAAGGAGCAGGUUGCAGAAGCUGCAAAGGAGGAUGAGGCUGAAGAUGAUGAUGAGAUGGAUGGUUUUGAUUCAGACGGUGAAGAUGAAGGUGAGGGCUCUGACAAAGAAAUGGGAGUUGAUGAGGAUGAAGGGGAUGAUGCUGAUAGCAAUCAUCUGAGUCGAUUAGCCGCACGGGCUAAAGCUUUCAGACCUACUGACGAGGAUGAUGACGAAUCUGAUGAUGAUUACAGUGAUGAUGAAGAAUUGCAAUCUCCAAUUGAUGAGGUUGAUCCUUUCAUAUUGUUUGUUGAUACAGUCAAAGUCAUGCAAGCUUCCGAUCCAUUAAGGUUCCAAAAUUUAAGUCAAACUCUUGAAUUCCAAUAUCAAGCACUGGCCAACGGAGUUGCCCAGCAUGCUGACCAAAGACGGGUGGAGAUUGAGAAGGAGAAAAUGGAAAAGGCAGCAGCUGCUUCCUCAUGAUUUCAUUAUUGUGGGUAAGCAAACAAGUGUUACACACUUACACUUACACCACACCACUUGGUUUUCUUUAAGAAUUUCCGAUUGUCCAUUUGUGAUGCAACCAGUAUCCAAGAUUGUGGCAGUAAAGAAGUUGAAGGGGUAUUUGUCUGGAAAGAGAUUGAGAAAGUUGGAAGGGUCUCGGUCUCACACAUUACCCCUAGGAUAACUUCCUGGUCGAAAGAUGCCUGGUGUUGUCUUGCAUGAGCUACAAAUGUCUACUUCUCUUGGUUUGCAACAUCCCUUUCGGGGUUUGUAGGGUUUAGGAAACAUAUGAUCUACUUUUAUGGAUAGAAGUGGAGAUAUGCGUGCAGGGUGUAUAAUACGCAUUCUUUAUGUAUUUAUUUAGGCAUCACCUAGGGUGUCCAAGGUUGUAUUCACAAUUUUGUGUCUAGUAUUGGUCCUUUUUAUGCAUUCUCAACUAUAUUGGUUGGUUGGGCCUUUUUUUCAUCUUUCUUGUGAGGGAUGGGUUUCAAUUUUGGCUACGAUGCAGCAGGUUAAGGUGACUUGCUGGUCUAUGUAAGACUUGUUGAUUAUUUUUUUGUAUCAUACCCAUAUACGCUUAAGAGUUAAAUUUUGCGGCGUUACAUCCCUCUAA